ACAAAAUUCUCAGAGAUAAGGUUGCGAAAUUCACUUCAGACGAGAGUGGAAGGAUAACAAGAGAGAGAGAGAACGAACAGAGAGAAAAUGGCGAGCUGCUUAUCAAUGGGAGCAAUGGUGGGUUACAGAGGAAAUUACUAUAAUGCCCCUUCAGCUUCACUUUCCCUCCGCACAGGUUCUCAGACAAGGACCGCCGUUUCGUUCAACGUCAAAACCAACGCCGCCGCAGCUUCUCCGGGGAUGCUUCUCCACUGUGCCUUUACCCCUUCCGCUCUUUCUUUCUCCUCCGGCGCUUCAUUCGCAGGAUCAUCGUUGGGCUUGGAUUUGACAGCUAGCAUUGGCAAGGUAGCCAAUAAAAGGCGCGGCUUAGUAAUAAGGGCGAAAAAAUACGCACUUUGUCAAACAAAGAGGAAUCGAUCGAGGAAGUCACUCGCUAGGACCCACGGCUUCCGAAAGCGUAUGAGUACGACGAGAGGCCGCGCUGUUAUUCAGCGUAGACGGGCCAAAGGAAGAUGGAUUCUGUGCACCAAAACCAACCCUAUCAGCGGCAAACGGGCUUCACCUUGAGUGCGUGUGUUGAUUUUGACUUAAAAGGUAAUUUCGAGCAAAUUCAUUAUGGAUUGAAAUGUGUUGUUAUUUUUUUUUUUUUGUUUCGAAGUAUUUUGGAGAUCGUAUUUUGUAGAAGAAAUCACGUUUCUUGAUUAAAUCUUAGUAUAUAUAUUUCUGCAUUUCUUUA